AUGGCAAACUUGAGACGCAGAGGUUUUUUAUCGGUUAUUUACCUUGACGAUAUACUACUGUUUGGCAGAUCUUACGAGGAAUGUCAAUCGAAUACUCUCUCCACUCGCUUGUUGUUAGGGCAACUCGGUUUUGUUAUCAAUGAGAAGAAAUGUCAAUUAAUACCGUCAAGGAAGUGUAAAUUUCUCGGGUUUUUGUUUGAUUCCGAAAGAAUGAUUAUUGAGCUCACACACGACAAAAGAGAUCGAGUAAAGAGAGAAGUCGAAAAAUAUCGGGCGAUAAAAGUAUGCAAAAUUCGUAGAUUUGCCGAGUUCGUUGGUCUAGUUGGCUCAUGCUGCCCCGCCGUUAUGUACGGCUUAGGUCAUACGAAAUUAUUUGAAAAGGCUCGACAUCUCGCUCUAGAAUCUAGCAAGGGAUCGUAUGACAGCUGUAUGACUUUAGACAAAGAUUUACAAACGGACUUUAAGUGGUGGGGGAAAAAUAUUCGGCACGCACAUAGAUCUACUAGACCACCUGAAUUUUGUCGGGAGAUUUUUACGGACGCUUCAUUGUCAGGAUGGGGAGUUGCCUGUGGACAAGCUAGAUCACAUGGGUUUUGGAAUGAGGAAGAACGAAAAUCCCAUAUAAACAUUUUGGAGUUAACCACCGCCUUUUUCGGCCUUAAAUGUUUCGCGAACGACCUCAGAUACUGCGAUAUUUUGUUGCGGCUGGAUAACACCACAGCCAUAUCGUAUAUAAAUAGAAUGGGAGGAGUUCGAUUCGCGCGCUUAAGUAAUCUAGCCAGGAAAAUUUGGGAUUGGUGCGAAGAGCGGGAUAUUUGGAUCUUUGCGUCGUUCAUUAGCUCCAAAGAUAAUUUUGAAGCAGACUUUGAGUCCCGUAGAUUGGAGCCGGAAACGGAACUUGAAUUAUCUCAAACGGCAUUUAAGAGAAUAGUUCGCACGUUUGGAGAACCCGAAGUCGAUUUAUUUGCUACUCGAGUAAACAAAAAAUGCAGAAAAUAUAUCUCGUGGCUUCAGGAUCCAAAUAGUAUAGCAGUUGAUGCUUUUACGGUGCCGUGGAAGAAUUAUUUUUUUUACGCUUUCCCACCGUUCGUAAUUAUUUUACGGAGAACCACAUCCUCUCUGGAGAAAAACUACCCUGGUUGCCGGACUGUUAUCAGGAGAUCGUUUGCGAUGAGAGGAAUUCCAGUAGAGUCAAUGGAGAUAAUGAUCGCCUCACUUCGAGAUUCGUCACUUAAGCAAUACAACAGUGCCUUGAAGAGAUGGUGGAAUUUCUGUGUUGAAAGAGAUACCAAUCCCUUUCGAACUUCGGUGGAGGAUGUAUUAGUAUUGCUUACUAAAGAGUAUAAUAACGGAGCGUCACGAGGCUCUCUUAAUUGCUUGCGAUCGGCUAUAGCCUUAAUUACGGGUCCGGAAAUAGGCCAGGAUUCCAGAAUCAGACGUCUAUUCAAGGGCGUGUCCGAAUUGCGCCCAUCCAAGCCAAAGUACGAGCAAACAUGGGACCCGAGGAUCGUCCUAAGAUAUAUAAGUACGCUUGGAUCAAACGAGGAUAUGUCUCUAGAAGUUAUCUCGAAAAAACUCGUCACUCUGCUCUCGCUCGUAACCGGACACCGAAUGCAAACCUUCUCACUGAUAAAAUUACAAAACAUCGAAAGACGCCAAACGUCUGUGCAGAUAAAGAUUCCGGAUAAAAUCAAGACGUCGGCCACCAACAGGAAACAACCCCUGUUAGUUUUGCCUUUUUAUGAGAAGGAUCCAACCAUUUGUGCCGCAGCGACAUUGAAGGCAUAUAUGUCAAAGACCGAAAGCCUGCGGAAUGCGGAAGAAUGUCUAUUUAUCGCCUUUAAGAAACCUCACAAAGCAGUUUCCUGCCAAACUCUAUGUCGUUGGACAAAGAGUGUGCUGUCAAAAAGCGGACUAGAUACCCAGAUUUUUUCUGCACAUAGCACUCGACAUGCGUCAACGUCAAAUGCAAAUAUCAAAGGCGUAAAUAUUGAUUGCAUAAGAUCGACUGCAGGAUGGACACGCAACUCACAGUCCUUCGCUCAAUUUUAUAACUUACCUAUUGUUAACGAUAACGAGGCAUUUGCCCGAGCAAUAUUGCAGUGA